GUUCAAAUAAUUAUAUUUCGGUUCAACAUGAGACAAUUCCUCGUUUUAGCAGCCAUCUUCGGCUUAUCCUCGUGCGGACGUUUGGACAGCCAGUACCUGCCUCCAAACCAAGGUGGUAACUUUAACCAAGCACAGGGUAGCUUCAACCAACAAGCACAGGGUAGCUUCAACCAACAACCACAGGGUAGCUUCAACCAUCAAUCGCAGAGUAGCUUCAACCAUCAAGCCCAAGGUAGCUUUAACCAAGCUAGUUUCAACAAAGGUCCUGACGGUCCAAUCAACAAGGCUGCUAACGAUGUACCCAUCCUUAAAUUGGACAAUGAAAAUGACGGAGAGACUUACAACUAUGCUUUAGAAACUGGUGAUGGUAUUUCAGUUCAAGAACACGGUGACGCUAGAGGAGAUGGUACCAACGCUGAAGGUGGUUUCUCUUACACCGCCCCCGAUGGCCAACAGAUCCAAAUCCAAUACACCGCUGGUGAAAACGGUUUCAUCCCCCAAGGAGCCCAUAUACCCACCGCUCCUCCAGUACCAGCAGAUAUCCUUAAAGCCAUAGAACAGAACCUCGCUGACGAAGCCAAUGGUGUAUUCGAUGAUGGUCAGUACAAGGAAGAGCACAGUAACUAUGGAGCAAAAGCACAUGCUGGGCAGCAACAACAACAUGGAGGACAACAGUCAGGAGGAUACGGCAGCCAAAGUCAGAACAGCUUCAACUUCCAGGCUCAAAAACAAUACGUUCCUCCUGCGCCUUCCAACCAAGGAAAAAAUGGUUACCAAUAUUGAG